AUGAGGAAGGUUGACUAUCCCAGAUCCACUGCUUUAGUGACCGGAGCAACCAGCGGUAUUGGAUUCAGCAUCGCACAAGAGCUCAUCUCGCGAGGUAUCGGCAAGCUUGUUAUCGUUGGAAAGCAGCAAGACAAGCUCAGCUCGUCUGAAAAGCAUUUAGGUCAAAAAUGCGGCGCCAAGCAAGAGAUUCGUUCGGUCCUCGUCGAUCUGACCAGGCACGAUGCGAGUGACUACAUCCAGAAGCAAGUGUCCGAAUGGGGCUGGACUAUCGACAUCCUCGUCAACAACGCAGGUGUGGCGACCAAGCAGAAUUUCGUCUCGGGUCGUGACCAGGCGCUGAGUUGCGUUGAUGUCAAUGUUCGCGCAGUGGUCGAUCUAUCUGCCUGCUUUCUUCCUGCGAUGCUGGAGCGCGACAGCGGCGGGCUUCUGAACCUUGGUUCGACUGCGGCAUAUCAGCCAGUACCCUGGACAGCUACAUAUGCCGCGACGAAGGCGUUUAUUCUGUCCUGGUCGCAAGCCAUCAGGCAAGAACAUAUCGAUAGUGGCGUCCGUAUUGCAUGCAUCGUCCCCGGUAUCACCAAGACCAAUUUGGAUCAACAUGGCGGCGGGGAAUCUAGGGGUGCUCUCGACUAUGUCAGUGUUCAUCAGUCGGCCUAUGUCGCCAAGGAAGCCGUUGAUGCAUAUGAGAGGAACAGCGCAGCGCAAAUCGUUGGCUUGAACAACAAGCUCCUCCGCCUUGCUGGCGUGCCUAUGCCGGCGCGGUUCAUGGCCGCAUUCGUUGCAAAGCGGUACAACGUCAACACAGAGGUGCAGCAAGAGCGCUCCGGGCACGAUCUGACCGCCCUUGCUUUUUGUACCUACAGGUGGUUUCUUGUCUGCCGCGAUGAGUUUGCAGCGGCGUUCAAAUGGUCGUACCGGUUCAAUCCAAGGCAAACUGAUACGCGAUUGCCAAUCCUGAUCUGGGAUCAGGAGUUAUCUCGACUAGGUGCAGAAAGACAGCGACCUCUGACCCAAGCAAACGAAGAAGUGUGGCUCCCCGUACGAUGGAACGUACCGCUCACCAGAUUGGCCAACCUGGUUUGUCAAUUUAUGGACGACAAGCUUCUAUACCACGGAGGCGGUCCACUGCCAUUUGCAGAGGACGGAGAGAGGUUUUCCGAGCUGAUCGAGAAUUUGCCACUAGGCUUUCGGCUUGACAAGACUUACACUUCUCCUUGGCAAGACACUGCACCACCGACAAGGUUUGAGCAGCGCCUCUCUAUCGAACGCUAG